ACGAUCACUUAUUCCAGGCCCAGCCCAGCCCGUAUCAUAUCUACUCCUCCUGAAAACAUCUCGAACUGCACUUUCCCCAAACUGAGUUCAACGCCCCAACACCCCCCCGUCUCUUCCACGCUGCGCCGCACCAUUUCCCUUCUCUUCGGUAGUGUAACAAAGUCUGAGUUUUAGACAGAUCUGGGUCGCAGCACCAUUCCUUCAUUGCAGCAGCUUGUGUUUUGUCGGAGUAGCACCAGUCUGUCGCAGCAGCACCAGUCGAAGCCCUCUGCUUUUAGGGGGCCGCCGUCCUUCAACCACAUCCUCCCUGAGUUUCGAAUCAAAGGCUUAUCUAUUACCGAAUUAGAGUCUGUCACUGUAGCUGCCUUCCUCUAUUCGUCUUCGGCUUUCAGGGUUUUCACUAUUGACAAAUUUGAUCGGCAGUAGAAGCAAAAUGCAGGCAUCUAGGGCAAGGCUUUUCAAGGAGUACAAAGAGGUGCAGCGGGAAAAAAUUGCUGAUCCAGAUAUUCAAUUAGUUUGUGAUGAUUCCAACAUAUUCAAAUGGACUGCUCUUAUCAAGGGCCCGUCAGAGACUCCCUAUGAGGGUGGCAUCUUCCAGCUUGCUUUUGCUGUUCCUGAGCAGUAUCCUUUGCAACCUCCUCAAGUGAGGUUCUUAACAAAAAUUUUUCAUCCAAACGUUCAUUUUAAGACGGGAGAGAUUUGCCUUGAUAUUUUGAAGAAUGCAUGGAGCCCCGCUUGGACACUCCAAUCUGUUUGUAGGGCUAUUAUUGCUUUGAUGGCCCACCCAGAACCUGAUAGCCCAUUAAAUUGUGAUUCAGGUAACCUUUUGCGUUCCGGCGAUAUUAGAGGGUACCAAUCCAUGGCAAGGAUGUAUACUAGGCUUGCAGCCAUGCCCAAGAAAGGCUGAAUUGUAUGUGUGCUGUCUCCUCUAGAUCUUGUGUCUGCACUCAUAAUAAUGUUGUCAAAUGUUUGUUGGUGUUGUGCAAAGAUGUGCAAUAACAUAAUAUAGAGAACAUCAACUUUUUUUUUUUUCUGUCAUUUACUUAGAACAUGGAGCGUGCUAAAUUACAAUAGUCCGUGUUGUCGUAACGAAGAGAAAUCUUGAUUUCCUUCGUCAGUUCGUCUGGACGAUAGUAUGAAUUGUUUAAUGCAAGUAGUCGUUGUGAGGACAUGCUGAUCAUUUGUGCACGAGACAACAGUGAUGGACGUCAAAGAGGAAAGUCUCUGCAAGUAAUCGCGAAACACAUUUAUUCGUUGUAGGCUAUUAUGAGAUUAUGCUUUCUCUAUUUAAGACUGUUUUUGGAUGUUGAGCUGAGUUCAGUUGAGUUCAGUUCUUUAUGAAUAAUAGUGAGUUGAGUAGUGAA